AUGACCAGCUACACCCCAACCUCCUCAUCUCCCUCAAUCACAGUGUUUCCUUCUCAGAAAGUCUCGAAGAUCAAUAGGAAUAUCUAUUCUGGAUUCGUCGAGCAUAUGGGAAGAUGCAUCUACACAGGGCUGUUCGAUCCGACCAACCCCAACAAAGACCUCAUAGACUCAAAUGGAUUCCGCACAGAUGUCCUCGAGGCAUUAAAACCCCUCGAGAUACCCAUCUUUAGGUAUCCUGGAGGAAACUUCUGCGCGACCUACCAUUGGCAGGACGGUAUCGGACCAUUGGAGUCAAGACCAACACGACCCGAGCUGGCGUGGGAGACGGUCGAGACCAACCAUUUCGGCACGGAUGAGUUCAUGAAAUGGUGCAAGGCUGUCAAUGCCGAGCCAUUCCUAUGUCUUAACUUUGGAACUGGGACGCUCGACGAAGCCAUGGCGUGGGUUGAUUACUGCAAUGGCACCAGAGACACGUAUUACGCCAAUCUCCGACGUAAGAACGGCCACGAGGAGCCUUACAAGGUGAAAUACUGGGCUCUUGGAAAUGAGAUGUGGGGACCCUGGCAGAUCGAACAGAUGACUCAGGAAGCAUAUGCCGAGCGUGCCCUUCAGUGGUCCAAGGCUCUGAAGCUACUGGAUCCCAGUAUACAGCUCAUUCUGUGCGGUAAGGAAGGGGCAUCGACUUGGGAUUACCAUACUUUGAAGCAUAAUCUACAGCCUGCUGGGUUGAGCGAUCUGGGAGAAGAACGGCUCCCUCUCGUCGAUUUGCACAGCAUUCAUCUUUACACGGCUAGUGAGGAUCAUUAUGAGAACGUGACGGCACCAUUGGCGGCUGAGCGACACAUCGAAGUGUGCUCCAGCCUGAUCGACUUGGCAUUUAUCGAGAACAAGAUACCCCCAGAGCAGAAGAGACCCGGAAUCGCAUUUGACGAGUGGAACGUCUGGGACCCGAAGCGAGCGCCAGGCAGUAAAGGUGGAGAAGAGAAUUAUACUCUGUCGGAUGCUCUCGGUGUUGCGGUGUGGUUGAACGUUUUCGUCCGAAAGUCCAAGGAUGUCGAGAUGGCGUGUAUCGCUCAGAGCGUCAACGUCCUGAGUCCCCUCAUGACGAAUCAGAAAGGUAUCACCAAGCAAACAACAUGGUGGCCUUACGAACUAUUCUGCAAGUACAUGAAGGGACACACUAUUGCAGUACAUGUCGCCAGUGCUGCUUAUGAGGGUCCUACCAAGCCUGCCUGGGUUAGGGCGGUGAAAGAGACUCCAUUCUUAGAUGUGAGUGCCACGUUGGAUGAUGAGGGAUGGGUAAAUGUGGUCGUAGUCAAUCUACAUCUCGAGUCGGAUAUGGAAACUUCAAUCGGCGGCGUCAAAGAAGGAUCUACCGUCAAAGUGUACACGGUGACUGGAUCAAACGCGAAAGUUAGCAAUAUGGGAGGUAAGGAAGAGGUUAAGAUCGAAGAGUCAGACUGGGACGGCAAGAAUGGGAAGUUUGUUUUCCCUAAACUGUCUAUGACCCUGUUGAGAUGGCAAAAUUAG